AUGGAUGUAUCUUUUAUUGAUGUAUCCGGGGUAGCUGAAAAUAAAGUACAAUUACCAUGCAACUUAGAGUCAGAAUAUAGUGACGUUGUGAAAUUAGUACUUUGGUACAAAGAACCCAGUAACGAGCCAAUUUACGGAUUUGACAUGCGUAACGGGCGGCAAUUUAAUGACGCGCUUCGCUGGUCUUCGCCACGGGCGCUGGGACGCAGGGCUUACUUCAUCACGGCGACGAAGCCCGCUCACUUGAGUAUCAACGAGCUCAAGCUUAAGGACGAGGGGCUUUACAGGUGUCGAGUGGACUUUGUCAACUCGCCGACGACAAAUCAGAAGAUAAAUUUGACUGUGAUUGAGCCGCCGAGUAAGCCCGUGAUCCUUGACGGUGAGACGCUGCGCCCGAUCUCGGAGCGGGAGAAGCGCUACAACGAGGGCAGCGACGUGAAGCUCAUCUGCGUGGCGCGAGGCGGUAAGCCGACGCCUCGGCUCACCUGGUUCCUCGAGAACACCGUCAUCGACGAGUCCUACGAGCGUAAAAGCGAUACCGGUCAGACCCUCAACCACUUGUCUUAUCCGCGGGUCGGCAGGCAGCACCUCAAAGCUCGGCUCGUCUGCCAGGCGAGCAACACGAACCUCGUGCCGCCCCAGACGGCUCUUCUCAUCCUCGACGUCAAUCUAAAGCCGCUGGACGUGCACAUAUUGACGAAGGAGCCAAGAGUUUUGGCUGAUAAGAAGUAUGAGGUCGAGUGUCGCAGCACAGGCUCGAGGCCUGAAGCCAUUAUCACUUGGUGGAAAGCCAACAAGAGAAUAGACAACAAAACGAAAAAUUAUGCGUCGGAGAACAAUCAGAGCCUCAGCAUCCUUAGCUUCGUGCCGAGCAUCGACGACGAUGGCAAAUACCUCACGUGCAGGGCCGAAAAUCCGAAUAUUCCCGACAGCGCUCUCGAGGAUAAAUGGCAUUUGGACGUGCAGUAUCAACCCGUGGUGAGCUUGCGGAUGGGGACUUCCUUAAAACCCGACGAUAUUAAAGAGGGGGAUGACGUCUACUUCGAGUGCAUCGUUCGAGCCAAUCCAAAGGCCUACAAGCUCUCAUGGUUCAAAGAUGCAAAGGAAUUAAAAAAUAAUGCGUCGUUAGGCGUGGUGUUGAGCGACCGUUCGUUAGUUCUUCAACGUAUAACUCGUUAUUCAGCAGGCGACUACACGUGUCUGGCCGUCAACAGCGAGGGAAAAACAAUCAGUAAUCCCGUGCCUCUUCGCAUCAAGUACUCGCCCGUUUGUAAGGAAGGAAAACACGAGCUGGUGGUAGGUGCACUGAAACAGGAGACUGUAUCGCUCAUCUGCUCGGUCGAGUCCCAUCCGCCUCCCUUGACCUUUCAUUGGACGUUCAAUAAUUCCGGCGAAUUGAUCGAAGUGCCGCAGUCGCGCUAUUCCCACGUGACCGCCACAGCUACCGGUAGUCCCUCCACGCAGCAGUCGGAAAUUCAGAUAAAAGAGUAUCAGCAGUUUCACGGAUCGCGCAUGAACUACACACCCUCGACGGAAAUGGAUUACGGGACUGUCGCCUGUUGGGCCAGCAAUCAAGUUGGCAAGCAGCGCUCACCCUGUCUUUUUCAGGUUAUAGCAGCCGGCCGGCCCUACGCCUUGCAUAACUGCACGGCGACGGAGAUGUCGUCGACGACCGAGCUGGACGAUCCGAGCUUAGCCAAGGCCAGCGUCAGCAGCUCCACGGGCCUGCUUGUCCAUUGCCUCGAGGGCUACGACGGCGGCUUGCCCAUCCAGAGCUAUCACGUUGAGGUGGUGGCGGACGAGGAGGAGGGACGGAUUAUCCUUAAUAAGACGGUGCUCGCCACGACGAGCGGACCGUCGAUCGAAGUUGCCGGUCUCUCCACCGGACGCAGUUACCGGCUGUUCUUGUACGCGGCUAAUGCCAAGGGAAGAAGCGAGGCGGCGAUCCUCGAGCCCGUCACCCUCAAAGGCGUCGCCAUGUACACGACGGGAAAUACAAGCGGCUCGGUAUUUAGUCCGCUGCUGCUUGGCUUGGCGGCAACGGCAACAAUUUUGACCCUCGCUGUAGCCGGAAUUUUAGCGGCUCUAUACAGGAAGCACUCGAACGGUCAGACAGGAAGUCCGAAGCACGCUCCCAUCGUGUGCGAACCUCCUAAUGCCGGCUCAACUACUCCCGUACACCCCCAGACUAAGCAGGCGGUCGAUGAUAUCGACCCCGACAUCAUACCUAAUGAAUACGAGAGAAGACCCUUGACGUACACGCCCGUGUACAAGACGCCCCCGCAAAGGCGACGAAGAGAUCGCGGCAACGGAGGCGGCGCCGCGAGCACCGACGAGCUUAACUCGUCGCCGGAGAAGAAGCCGAUGGUCGACCUCCGCACCGGCGACGCAGCCCCCUUGACCGAGACCCUGGCUACGGCCAGCGUUAGAUUCAACCACAAUCACCACCAGCACCACCACCUCCACCACUUGGCGCACACGACGUCGCCCAACAGUGCCUACGGCGACUCGCCAACGCUCGCCGACUUCAAGCAGAUGGCAUUCGACGCCUACAAUCAGCGAAACAACCAAAAUGUGUAUUAUAGUCUACAGAGAGCGAGCAAAGGUAUCUCUACGAUGCCACAGAGGCCUGUUUCCUCGUCGGUCUCCGCCCACGGCAAGAUACAUCAGCCUGAGGUGGUUACGCGUUCCAACCGAAUCCAAGAGAGUUGUAUAUAAGACACUUUUUCAACUAUAUACGUAUGAAACAUCUGGAGUAGCAAAGAUGGGAGCGAGACGUUAUGAAGCAGUUCAGUUUGUGCAAGAGCUUUGAUCAAUGUAAAGAAAAUAUCGUGUUGGUGAGCAGUGAUAAUUGUUAAUUGUGUGAAUCUGCGGUAAAAUAUUAUUAAGCAUAGUAAAGAUCUGCUUGAGUAAGUUAAGUAAUGAAAAUUUAAAUAUGAAAAAUUAUAUAAUUCGAAUCAACGUCAUUUUGAC